AUGGGGGCUCCUCCUGCACAGUUGGCACUGCUCCGCGAGGUUGUGGGAGCAGGCUUGCCUGAUGAUGCGCUGGCCUCGGCGUGGCAACGGUCAGGUGGGGACCUAGCUGCCGCAGUGAAUCUCCUCCUAGAUGCACCGGCACAAGUUUAUCCGGCGACGGCUUCCAAGACCAUCGAGAUUGAGUUAGAUGACUCAGAUGGCGAACAGAGCGCGCGUUCUAAGCCAGUUGAUAGCGCCCAACUGCAGCCGUCACCGGCGCCAGUGGCCAGCAGCAGCGGCGGGGGCAGCGGGGUCAGCGGAGGCAGCGGAGGCAAAUUCCUGUGCCUUCUGAAGGCGAAGCAGGAGCCGAGUGAGCACCCAGCGAAGAAGCGGCGCACAUCUGGAUCCCAGGCCCUGGAGAUUCCACGGAAGCCAAGCGCACACGGCCGCACGUGUAACAUCGAGUGGUCCAUGGCCCUGGGCAGCUUCACGUUUAUGGCCUGGAGCACAAUCCGCCUUGGAUCCGAGCAGAAAUUCCCCACCGGUGAUGCCGAUGGCAGCUUCGGUCCACUGCUGCGGACAGGCCGACGCCUUGAGCUGAGGUGGGCCGUUGAAGCAAAGAGGUCGCGUGCUCGACCUGGAUCAGUUGCAGCCCAGGCCGGGGCAGAGACGGGCACCAUCCGUUUCGAUGCUUGUGGUCAAGAGGUUGGACGAUUUCCGGCAGAUGCCAACAAGACGUUGGUUCCGCUCCUCGCCCGGCGCCUCAUCGACGUGGAGGCUGUGGUUGGCCGGGAUCCACCCCGGGCUUUGGCCUUGGGCACAGAUUUGCCUGUUGUGGUACGGGUGUCGCUGCGAUCCGUGGCCCUGCGGACGCCGGGACAAACGGACACCAAGCCGGCAACUGCUGCAGAAGUGGACGGUGGCAAGGGCAAGUCCAAAGGACAGAAUCAGAAAGCAGUGCACAAAGAAGAGGCUGACAAAGAAAUUCAGCGCACAUCCACCAGCAUGCUUUUGGAAAAGUUAAAUUUGCCCUGCCGUCGGCGUGCCGCUUUGGAGGGCGAUGCUAUGGUCGCAGCAGAUGAGCCUCCGGCUAAAGUGGAAGGCUUGGCGGAUGAGGAGCCGGAGGUGGAGGAGGAGGAGAUGUCCAGAGUCGCCGCUGCUCAGCUGGGGAGAAGUGACCAGCUGGAGCGACACGAUCUGCCAGGGAUUGUCUUACCAAGCGGCAUUUUCGAGACGAGGCUGCGUCCUUACCAAGCUCAAGCAGUGUUCUGGAUGUGGCAGAGGGAGAACCCUACAUCCUCCCUGCCUUCAUGCUUCCAGAACUCCGAGCCGCAUAAAGAGGAUCAAGAGGUUGAGGCGUGCGCAAACCCUAGCUUGUCACAGGUCGCGCAGGAGCCUUUGCAUGAACGACAGCUCCAUCCCAUGUGGGAUGAGUAUGAGCUUCCGGAAGAGACAGGUCCACUGCCAGGAGGUGGGGGCUCAGCACGCUACCUGUACUACCAUCGCACAACUGGCGCCCUGUCACUCGACUUUCCCGAUGCAGCCUUGGCGCACUGCCGUGGUGGCAUACUGGCUGAUGACAUGGGCCUGGGCAAGACCGUUAUGUGUCUGGCACUCACUGCGCUGGACUUCGGCCCAUCCAGCUUGCCCACCGCUCGGAAAGCUGCGCCUGAGCUUCGCAUAAUGGAGGAAGCGGAUGCAUCUUCCAAGCCGAAGGGUGGGGUGUUUCAGGUGCAAGCGGCGCAAGACGAGGGCAGCGUCGGCGGUGUUCUAGUUGUAGCGCCUCUCUCACUGAUUCGGCAGUGGCACUCUGAGGCCGAGAGGCAUUUCUUCGCCUCAGCGGUGCCCUCGAUCCACGAGUUCCAUGGCUCAGGCAAGAACAUCUCCCUGGAGCAGUUGCGCAGCACGGGGAUUGUGCUUACGACCUACAACACGCUGGCCUCCCAGCCAGAAGAUUCGCUGCUGUUCCAGGUUUACUGGAGGAGAAUCAUCUUGGAUGAGGCGCACAGCAUCAAGAAUCGCUGCAGCAGGCAGGCACAGGCAUCGUUCCGGCUCAGAGGCUUUUGCAGAUGGUGUGUGACUGGCACGCCGCUGCAGAACAGCGUCGAGGAGCUUUACUCAACAGUGCGCUUUUUGCGUGUCGAACCUUGGUGCGCAUGGCCCUGCUGGCGUAAAGCGGUUGCAAUGCCGCUUGAGCGUGGGCGCCAUGGGGAUGCUGAUGCCAUGACACAGGCCUUGGACACUGCUCGGCGCAUAGUAACUCCGCUGAUUAUUCGGCGAACGAAGUCGACGGUGAAUCCCGUGACCGGAGAGCCUCUGCUACGGCUGCCUACAAAGCAUCUCCACGUACAGCACUUGGAGCUGUCGGCUGCAGAAAGGGACUUCUACGACACUCUUUGGCGAAAGGCGAAGACGGAGUUUGACACAUUCGUGGAGAAGGGAGAGGUGCUGUCGAAGUACACCCACAUCCUUCAGCUGAUUGGCAAGUUGCGGCAGGCUCUUUGCCACCCCUUCCUAGUGUUUGCGCGGGCGGGCAGCAAAGACGAAGACAUGGAGUCGUUGGAGAGGCGAUACCUCGCAGAUGUCAGUGGCGAAGAUGUUUCUGAGGCCUACGUGGCAACCCUGUUGCAGGAGAUUCGGAAUGGGGAGCAUAGUGACUGCGCGAUCUGCUACGACACGCCGCAAGACCCAACAUUAACGCCAUGUGGCCACAUCUUUUGCCGCGAGUGCUGCUACAAGAUCAUCAAGCAGUGUCACGGGGAAUGCCCAGUCUGCAGAAAGCCUGGCAUUACCAGGAAGUCGCUAAAGGUAUUGCCCGGGGCAUCCAGUAUUCCCGCUCAUCUGCUGGCGAAGGCUUCGGCUGCUGAUGGCGCAAGCGCGGGUGAACCAGCUGGAAUCCAAAGUACGAAGAUGAAGGAGCUUCUAAAGCUACUUCGCACGGACAUGGCUGAAGGUCAUCGUGUCGUGGUCUUCUCGCAAUGGACAUCUUUCCUGGAGCUCAUUGAGAGGGCCUUGGAUGCAGAGCGGAUUCAACACAAGCGAUUCGAUGGAUCUUUGAGUCUCGAGGAACGCGCCCAGCGCGUCGCAUGGCUAAGUGAGGCCGCUGUGACAGGUCAUGGUGCGCGCGUGCUUCUGGCAGGGUUGAAAUCUGGAGGGACAGGCCUCAACUUGGUUGCCGCCUCGCGGCUUUACUUGCUGGACCUUUGGUGGAAUCCAGCUGUCGAAGAGCAAGCGAUCCAGCGCGUGCAUCGAAUCGGGCAGAAGCAGGAAGUUCACAUCUACAAGUUUGUGGUGGAGGAUACCAUUGACUGCGACCUGCUGCAGCUCCACCGUGCCAAAGAGCGGCUGCUGGAAGAUGCACUCAGUGGAGGCAAAGGCCAUGAGACGGCCACAAAGCUCACCAUGGAUGACCUGAAACGCCUCUUCAACCCAUGCCGAUCUCUUCGAACAGGAGGCUCUUCUGCUGCAGCUGAAGCCAAGGCUUUGACCUUGGGCUGUCCAGCAGCGGCUGCAGCGCCACAGGAGCACCCAGUGGCUGAUCCAGGUGAGGCUGCAAAAGAAGAACCGAUGCCUCAAGCAGAGGAGCGCUCGCCGAUGGUCACGCAGGAGCAGGCGAAUGCCGUGGAUGUUGCAAUGCCUCAAGCACAAGCAGACUCACCAGAAGCAAUUCCUCCCACAGGGAUUUGCUCAUCUCCAGAGGCAUGUGAACCACAAGAGGCUGCAACAGACGCGGCGGACAUCCCGCAGGCAAGAACCGACAAGCCCUCAGCGGCUGCGAAGCACAGCUUAAGGUCGAUUUCUGCACUUCGUACAUGGCAGCCAUGGCAGCAGAUGCCCGUGCGCAUGGCGGAGCCCUCUGCCAAGCGCCGCUGUCUGGAUGCUACAGAGACCGGGCGGCCACUUUGGGAGGUUCCGCCCCGCAGCAAGCAAGCACAGUGGCACUUCGUGCACGAUUUGUUACAGACCUCUGUGAAGGCCUGGCGCUGGGGUGGAGUUGGCUGGAGAAGGCUGGAAGAGGCUUACCUGACCGGGCAGGACUCCGCAGAAAUUGGGGAGUCAGGGAGCAAGGUGCUCUGGACACCGUGUGGGCAAUAUGCCGAGCUCAAGGCUGGCAGCGUUCGCCCAGUGCGCCGUUGCUGGAUUUCCACUGAGGCAGCCUCGGAUGCGAUCGCAACAUGCGAGAUUCGCUGGUUCAAUGGCUCGGAGAUCUUUCUGAAUCGCCUGUCAUCUCAAGGCACACAGCGCAGAGACGUUGUUGACUUGACCGAAGAUGAUGAACCGGGGCACUCAAAACGUGAAGGAGAGCUUUCGCUGGACGAGCUUGUGGCCGGGCAAGGACUUCGGUCCGUUCUGGUGGCCAGCUACGGCAUGAACAGGGAUGACGUCGUUGCAGUGUUUGGUCAGCCAGAGACACUGACUCUCGUGGACCAGUACGACCAUGUUCGUGAGGCGCCGGGUGUGGAACCGCUAGUGGGGGAAGGAGCCUUUGCUGGAUGGACACUCGUCCGACCGAUGUUCGAGCAAGGUCCAGCAUACAAAGGUGGCGUCUUGCAUCCGAAGCUGCUCUUGCUGGAGUUCUCCGACCGACUCAGAGCUGUCGUGUCAUCGGCGAACUUCUCACGCGCGGGCUUCUCAGAGAUUUCGCAAUGCAUCUGGGUCUGCGACUUCCCAGCAAAAGAGCCGACCACGAAGACCACGAAGAGAACGGACUUCGGAGCCUCACUUUGGGACUUUGUGGACCGAUUGCUCACGAUCAAUUCUGGCAGCCAAGGUGCAGAUUUGGCACAGAAAGUUCGACGGAAGUGGUUGGGCGUUCUUUCGCAAUAUAGUUUGACAGUUCCAGAAGGCAUCCACCUGGUUGCCAGCGUGCCCGGCCGACACUGGAGUCCUUCCUUUGGCCUCGGCAGGCUGCAACAUCUGCUGAGCGAAGCAAGCCGAAAAGGCUGCCAAUGGGGGCGUGUAUGGUACCAGUUCUCCUCCUGUGGGCAAGUCCGCACUGGGAGAUGGUUUGACCACUUUGCGAAGAUUGUCUCCGACCCUGAGUCAGGCCGGCCAGAUCUCAGGCUAGUCUGGCCAACGGAGAGGCAAGCUCUCCAAAAAGGCAUUGCGGGCCGAGGCAACUACUGCCUUGAUGAUCCGGACAACUUGCCUCGAGGGUGCCUCCACCGCCUGGAGCCAUCAGAUGGACGUCCGCAACAUGUUCUCCUUCACAGCAAGGUGAUGGUUGCAGAGGCGGCGUCAGAUUCUACAAAGCUUGCCUGGGUCUAUGCUGGCUCUCACAACCUGAGCUCGGCUGCAUGGGGCAUGCAGGUGGAAGAUGAUUUGCGCAUCAGCAGCUGGGAGCUGGGCAUCCUCUUCAUCUCACCAAGAUGCAAUGUACCUUUCAAAUGGCCAGCGCCAGCAUACUCUGACAUGGACAGGCCCUGGUCACCAGCAGUUUUCUACAGGACGGUGUUCCACGCCAAUGUGGACGAAGCAGAAGUGCAGCGGCAGCAUGAUGCUGGUACGAAGCUGGCAGCUCUCAUGCGAAACGCCACAAGUCCAGUUGAUCUGAAACUAGUCCGACUAGUCCCCGGCAUGUACGGCGAAGAAGAUGUUGCUGGUCGGGCGACCUUGCUUCGCUUCUUCUUGGACCUUGACGACACAGUCCUUACCCCUUACAUCUACAACACGAUUUUGGCAGCUCCAAAUGUUGCUACCAAGCUUGCAGACUUGGGUGGCAUUUGGGUCGUCGACACAUCGCAGAAGUCCGGCCAUUUGGAGAGUCUCCUUUGGCACUUGAACUUGGAGUACGAUGUGCACGUGACAGCACCCUUUCUCCUUGCCCACUGCCGACCUCCCGGAAGUUCUGGUGACUUGGCUUGGGCCGUAAAAGAUCGGGCUUCCUGGUCAGAGUUCCCGGAGCCUGGAAAUGUCUUUGCCUGGCUGGCCGAGUUUGAAUCCAGGUCUGCCGCGCUGCUUUCCCACCCAGCCCUGGUGAUGGCUCCGGAGCCUUCCAACGUUUCGGAGGCCUGGGAAGGUGCCAAAGCCAUGGCUGCCGUAGCUGGAUACAGGUUGCUGGUCUUUGAGCUGGAAGGCGUCCUCGUCAGACGUGCCCGGAAACUGCAACUACUCCCGGGCGUGGAAGAGUUCUUCACAUCUUUGGCUUCCCUGCUGGACCCGCCACAGGUGGCCAUUGCCAGCGACCAAAGCCAGGUUGGCUUGCGAGUCUGGCUGGAAAGCUUUGCCCAAGGUGAUGCUCGCAUUGCCUCUAAGCCUACCGAGGCAGAAGCACGAAGCCGAGUUCAGGGAGCCAUAGCCCUUCUGGAAGAGGUCGUGCACAAAGCAUCUCCCAAAAAGCAAGACGGCGAAGCAGCGGAGGUGAGCCCAGUGAGCCUUGCGUGCCGGCCUUUGAGGUCACUUCUGAGCUUCCGGUACCGUGCGCGUGGUUCGGGUCGCUGGGGACUCGCACCUUCUGGCCGCGAUCAGGAGGGCAGCUGGCGAAAGGACUGGGCGAAGCCGGCGCCAGGCAUGAUCAAGCAGGCCAUGGCUGAUGCCAGCGUGCCGUGCACGCAGACGGUUGUCAUUGGGGCAGAACGUGCAGAUCAAGAGGCAGCAACAGCAGCUGGUGCAAGCUUUAUUUGGGCUUCUGAUCUGCUCGGCAGCAAGACGCCCAGCAAAGUUGCCAGACAGGCGACCAGCAAAGCUGCCAGCAAAACAUCAAACCAGCGGCACCAACCUGCAGAUGCAGGCCAGCCUGCUCACGCGUGGAGAUUUGGAGUCCUGCGCCAUGGCGAAGGAGGAUCCCACGAGAGUCAAGGAGCUAUUGACAUCGAUGAGGAUUCUGAUUCGGAUGCUGCGCAAGAAAGAAGAGCCUCGGAGCCUCCGCCCAAGGCUUCUUUGAUGAGGCGAGACCAUUUGCUCAACGUUGCUCGGAAGCGGUCCUCCCUGUUUCUUUUGCAGGUCUUGCCUUUUUUGGCGUCUGCUGGCCAGUUGCAUGUGAUUGGUGCUGGAAUGCCUCGCACCGGCACCACUAGCUUGCGUGCGGCCCUGCACCUGCUUGGUUACAAGGCUUUUCACAUGCAGGACAUCCUGGCAUCCAGCCGGCAUUCACAGGCGUGGCUGGACUUUGUCACAGACCGAAGCAGCUUUGACGACUUGAUUGAGCACAUUGUCAGACAUCACUUCAAUGCGACAGUCGACGCUCCCUUCAACCAUUUCGUGGACCGGCUCGCGCAACGGUUCCCGUCAGCAAAAGUGAUCCUGACCAUCCGCAACAGUACAGACUGGGCCCAAAGCAUGGCCAAGUUCAACUUCUUUAUGGAGGCUACGAGACGCCCUCCAUUCAAUUGGGUUGAACCUUUCCGCUCCCUGGAGCUUCUGGCACAACGACUUCCGAGGAAGAUCGAGAUGAAGUCGCGGAUCUUCCGGAAAAUCGGGGAGUUCGAGGAUGAGUAUCUCGCUCGUGUGCAGGCUGACUGGGUGAGGCAAGUACAGCAAGUGGUGCCACCAGAAAAUCUAUUGGUUUUUGAUGUGGCCGAGGGAUGGGGCCCUCUUUGCAAGUUUCUGGAGCUCCCGCCGCCCCAAAGCGAGUUCCCCAACUUGAAUCACGGCACCAAGGUGCACAUCUUGGGCUACUUGUUGCACUUCGUUUGCUGGACCUGGCCAGUAUAUCCCGUGGUUCUGCUUCGCUUUGCUAUCAAAUGUUUGGUCCCAUUGCAGAAAUACGAUGCUGUUUGCACUUCGGUUGCCGCCCGUGUGUAUUUUGCCACUCGCUUUGUCUGUCUUUAUCUGGAAAUUGACGUGAGCAUCGAUGCCAUCCGAAUCCUCAUGUCAGUUCAAAGUCAAAGCAAGCCAAAUAAAUUCGCCAAAUUUCGACCCAUGCGACGGACAGUGCUGAUUUCUGCGGUGCUCCUUGGGGCAUGCAUCUCCAUCACGCUUGAAGGGUAUGGGGCAGCAUCUCUACGGGCACUGCAGAGUUUGACUCUCACUGUGCGUCGCAAAGUUGAGAUCUCUCAGUCCGCUUCUCCGCAAACCAGCGAACAGCUCCCGCAGCUCUUGCGAAAGCAUGCUGGACUGUAUCAAGACAAGACAAGGGCACCAGAACUGAAAAAUGUGCUCCUCCUGACGGCUGCAAACUACGGAUACCUGGACAUGCUGCAGAAUUGGGAGUGUUUUGCACGAAAGUUUGGUUUGGAUUGGUUAGUGGUCGCGCUGGAUGACAGGAUAUACAAGGAGCUUGGUCCCGAGCGUAGCUUUCCAACAGUUGGCGAACGCCACGAUUCGUACGAGCGUUUUGGAAGUCCCGGUUUUAAGAUUGUGGGGUGCAAUAAGCUGCGUUCCAUGCUCUACGUGCUUGUGGAGACACAACUGGAUGUGGUCUUCUCAGAUGGGGAUAGCGUGUUCAAAAGCGACCCUUUCUUGCCAUCACUUUCGCUUGGGAGCAUGAUGCGCUCGGGCAAGUAUGACAUGAUAUACGGGAGGAAGAUCACACCGCCGGGUGUCAAAAAAGACGAGUACCACCAAGAGCCAAUCAAGGGGAACACAGGCUUCUACUAUGUAUCAGGAAGCAGGAAGCCUCGAAUCAUGCAGCAGAUGUUCAACAUUAGCAUUCAGUGGUGCGACAGGCGUCCUGGCGAAGACGACCAGGAGAAUUUCUGGGACGCGCUUGUGGUCGAGCGAAAGAGACGGCCCAGUGACAAGGCUUUUUUUGCUUGUUUUCGGCACUGUGACAGCAGUCAGUGCGCUGGCGUUGAGGAAGGAGCUGUUUUCGACUACUGUGACAUGAGUCCCUGGGAGUACCUCGAUGGGGCCAUCCAACCGACCGAUGCUCUGAAGGCGCCGUACCACUUGAUCUCCUAUCACGCCACUUGGGUAUUUGGUAAGGAUGCCAAACAGAAGAAGCUGAAGACGGUGGAGCUGUGGGACCCGACGUGUGCUAGCAACGACCUCGGAAUGCAGGGCACAGCAUCAGGCUCCAAAGCGGCUGCGCUGGCGGAUUUGCCAGCGUCACCUGAUGCCACUGCAAAAAACCAACAGCUCCCGCAGCUCUUGCGAAAGCAUGCUGGACUGUAUCAAGACAAGACACGAGCACCAGAACUGAAAAAUGUGCUCCUCCUGACGGCUGCAAACUACGGAUACCUGGAUAUGCUGCAGAAUUGGGAGUGUUUUGCACGAAAGUUUGGUUUGGAUUGGUUAGUGGUCGCGCUGGAUGACAGGAUAUACAAGGAGCUUGGUCCCGAGCGUAGCUUUCCAACAGUUGGCGAACGCCACGAUUCGUACGAGCGUUUUGGAAGUCCCGGUUUUAAGAUUGUGGGGUGCAAUAAGCUGCGUUCCAUGCUCUACGUGCUUGUGGAGACACAACUGGAUGUGGUCUUCUCAGAUGGGGAUAGCGUGUUCAAAAGCGACCCUUUCUUGCCAUCACUUUCGCUUGGGAGCAUGAUGCGCUCGGGCAAGUAUGACAUGAUAUACGGGAGGAAGAUCACACCGCCGGGUGUCAAAAAAGACGAGUACCACCAAGAGCCAAUCAAGGGGAACACAGGCUUCUACUAUGUAUCAGGAAGCAGGAAGCCUCGAAUCAUGCAGCAGAUGUUCAACAUUAGCAUUCAGUGGUGCGACAGGCGUCCUGGCGAAGACGACCAGGAGAAUUUCUGGGACGCGCUUGUGGUCGAGCGAAAGAGACGGCCCAGCGACAAGGCUUUUUUUGCUUGUUUUCGGCACUGUGACAGCAGUCAGUGCGCUGGCGUUGAGGAAGGAGCUGUUUUCGACUACUGUGACAUGAGUCCCUGGGAGUACCUCGAUGGGGCCAUCCAACCGACCGAUGCUCUGAAGGCGCCGUACCACUUGAUCUCCUAUCACGCCACUUGGGUAUUUGGUAAGGAUGCCAAACAGAAGAAGCUGAAGACGGUGGAGCUGUGGGACCCGACGUGUGCUAGCAACGACCUCGGAAUGCAGGGCACAGCAUCAGGCUCCAAAGCGGCUGCGCUGGCGGAUUUGCCAGCGUCACCUGAUGCCACUGCAAAAAACCAACAGCUCCCGCAGCUCUUGCGAAAGCAUGCUGGACUGUAUCAAGACAAGACACGAGCACCAGAACUGAAAAAUGUGCUCCUCCUGACGGCUGCAAACUACGGAUACCUGGAUAUGCUGCAGAAUUGGGAGUGUUUUGCACGAAAGUUCGGUUUGGAUUGGUUAGUGGUCGCGCUGGAUGACAGGAUAUACAAGGAGCUUGGUCCCGAGCGUAGCUUUCCAACAGUUGGCGAACGCCACGAUUCGUACGAGCGUUUUGGAAGUCCCGGUUUCAAGAUUGUGGGGUGCAAUAAGCUGCGUUCCAUGCUCUACGUGCUUGUGGAGACACAACUGGAUGUGGUCUUCUCAGAUGGGGAUAGCGUGUUCAAAAGCGACCCUUUCUUGCCAUCACUUUCGCUUGGGAGCAUGAUGCGCUCGGGCAAGUAUGACAUGAUAUACGGGAGGAAGAUCACACCGCCGGGUGUCAAAAGAGACGAGUACCACCAAGAGCCAAUCAAGGGGAACACAGGCUUCUACUAUGUAUCAGGAAGCAGGAAGCCUCGAAUCAUGCAGCAGAUGUUCAACAUCAGCAUUCAGUGGUGCGACAGGCGUCCUGGCGAAGACGACCAGGAGAAUUUCUGGGAUGCGCUUGUGGUCGAGCGAAAGAGACGGCCCAGUGACAAGGCUUUUUUUGCUUGUUUUCGGCACUGUGACAGCAGUCAGUGCGCUGGCGUUGAGGAAGGAGCUGUUUUCGACUACUGUGACAUGAGUCCCUGGGAGUACCUCGAUGGGGCCAUCCAACCGACCGAUGCUCUGAAGGCGCCGUACCACUUGAUCUCCUAUCACGCCACUUGGGUCUUUGGUAAGGAUGCCAAACAGAAGAAGCUAAAGACGGUGGAGCUGUGGGACCCGACGUGUGCUAGCAACGACCUCGGAAUGCAGGGCACAGCAUCAGGCUCCAAAGCGGCUGCGCUGGCGGAUUUGCCAGCGUCACCUGAUGCCACUGCAAAAAACCAACAGCUCCCGCAGCUCUUGCGACAGCAUGCUGGACUGUAUCAAGACAAGACACGAGCACCAGAACUGAAAAAUGUGCUCCUCCUGACGGCUGCAAACUACGGAUACUUGGAUAUGCUGCAGAAUUGGGAGUGUUUUGCACGAAAGCUCGGCUUGGAUUGGCUAGUGGUCGCGCUGGAUGACAGGAUAUACAAGGAGCUUGGUCCCGAACGUAGCUUUCCAACAGUUGGCGAACGCCACGAUUCGUACGAGCGUUUUGGAAGUCCCGGUUUCAAGAUUGUAGGGUGCAACAAGCUGCGUUCCAUGCUCUACGUGCUUGUGGAGACACAACUAGAUGUGGUCUUCUCAGAUGGGGAUAGCGUGUUCAAGAGCGACCCUUUCUUGCCAUCACUUUCGCUUGGGAGCAUGAUGCGCUCAGGCAAGUAUGACAUGAUAUAUGGGAGGAAGAUAAAACCACCGGGUGUGCGAAAAGACGAGUACCACCAAGAGCCAAUCAAGGGGAACACAGGCUUCUACUAUGUAUCAGGAAGCAGGAAUCCUCGAAUCAUGCAGCAGAUGUUCAACAUCAGCAUCCAAUGGUGCGACAGGCGUCCUGGCGAAGACGACCAGGAGAAUUUCUGGGACGCGCUUGUGGUCGAGCGAAAGAGACGGCCCAGCGACAAGGCUUUUUUUGCUUGUUUUCGGCACUGUGACAGCAGUCAGUGCGCUGGCAUAGAGGAGGGAGCUGUUUUCGACUACUGUGACAUGAGUCCCUGGGAGUACCUCGAUGGGGCCAUCCAACCGACCGAUGCUCUGAAGGAAGGUGGAGCUGUGGGACCCGACGUGUGCAACUGCAUGAAGUUGAAUGCAACGGAACUUGCUCGUGCCGUGUCCCACGCAGAUGAGCAAGCGCCCAAGUGUCUUUGCCAUGGCAGCGCAGUGAUCCAGAAACACGUCCGCUUCGUGGUGGCCGAACUGGGCUUUCAUAGGCUUGAUGCAGCGUGGGAGAGCAUGAAAGAGGUGGCCAAGAGAUUGCACGACAACUUGAGGUGCACGUACCACGACGCUCUUCGCCGCCUUUCGCCGCGCCUGUUGUAG